AUCGAGAUUCCAUUCGAAUGGCGUCGAUGGCGUCAACUAGUGAACAAAGUACUUGUUUAAACAUUUUUAACAUAUAUAUAUCUUUCUCUUUUUCAUUUUCUAUCAAUAUUAUAUUUUAGAGUAAAAUAAUUAAUAAUUAGUGAAGUGAAAACAUCAAUGAAUGCAAUAGUGAUUUGUUUCUAAUUUGACUGUUACAAAAGAAUUUAUUUUACCGAUGCGACAAUAUGUACGGUUUGGUGGAGCUUCUCAUCUUUUGCGGUGUUCUCUAUUAUUUAUUUAAUGACAGAGCUAAUAACAUGGUGGAUGUAAUGUCAACACGUUUGCAUGAAGUCUAUGCAAAAUGGGAAAGGCAAACAGAAGUGCCAAGAAAUUUGGAUUCUAAUACACCUCGACUUUCCCUCGGUGGACUUCGGCGAGCAGGUCAACAAAUGCAGAGAAAAAGAUUUCAAAAUAAGGAACAAGCACGAAAAGUUCGAGAGGCUAGUUUAUUUAAAAUUAAAGAAUCUGAACCAAUUGCUGCUCAAACUACAAGAACAACACCAUUUUUCUUCUACUGCUGCAGUAGUUGCACACCGUCCUCAAGGGAUUCAUUGGUUAAUAAAAUUUCAACUCAAUAUCAAACACAUGGCAAUAAUAUUCUUCUCGUGAAAUCGGGUUCAACUGUUUUCAGUAAAAUUUGCAAUUGUAUAAGCCAAGUCUACAAUUUCAAAAAAUAUGACUAUCCUCAAGUAACGGAAACCGUAUUGAACGAUGAGAGAUUACAGGAAGCAAUAAAAUUAACAGCAACUGAAAAUGCAGCUCACGAAGGUGGAAAUGAAGAGGAUGAAAUAAAAAAGGCAAAAGAAAGGGCAAAGCAAAUUUUAUUAAAAAUGCAAAGUAGCUUGAGCGAUAAAGUUUUAAGGAUAGUUGCAUGGCUUUGUUUUAAAGUACUUCCAUGUUUUAUACAAUCAGCCGUUGUUCAACCAUCGCAAAUUGAAAUGCUUCAAAAAGCAAAUGACACAGGAUUACCAUUGAUUUUUAUUCCUUUACAUCGAAGUCAUUUGGAUUACAUUAUGACGACAUUUAUUCUCUUGUGUAAUAAUAUCAAAUCACCAUUAGUUGCUGCUGGCGAUAAUCUUCGAAUUCCCUUUUUCGGGUGGCUUUUAAGCGGUUUAGGGGCAUUUUUCAUAAAAAGACGAAUUGAUCCUGUUCAGGGGAAGAAGGAUAAACUUUAUAGGGCAACAUUGCAUACAUAUAUAAUGGAAUGUUUGCGAGCUGGUCAUAAUAUUGAGUUCUUUGUCGAAGGCGGAAGAACGAGAACGGGAAAACCGUGUAUGCCAAAGGGAGGAGUUCUUAGUGUAAUUAUUGAUGCCUAUAUGGAUGGUACGAUAGAAGAUGCAUUAUUAGUUCCCAUGUCAAUAAAUUAUGAGCGUUUAGUUGAUGGAAAUUUUGUUCGCGAACAAUUGGGUCAACCGAAGAAAAUGGAAUCUUUUAAAUCGGCAAUUAAGGCAAUGUGGACAACAUUUAUGGGAAAUUAUGGCAUUGUCAAAGUUGAUAUUUGUCAGCCAUUCUCAUUGAGGGAGAUGCUAAAGUUUUUCCAAAAGCAGCAAACGAGAUUAAAUCCUACGAAUAAUGAUCCUUCACAAAAAUGUUUAAAGUACUCAAUGUCGAGUUCUUCUCUAUUUGGUACAGACGUUGUUGUAGAAGAUCGACAAUUAGUUGAAAGUAUAGCGCGACAUAUCGUUUAUGAUGGCUCAAAAUCAACGCCAAUUAUGUCUACAAAUGUAAUCGCUUUUUUGCUACUUUACAAAUUUCGAGACGGUUGUACGUUGGAUGAUUUAGUUGAGGCUCUUGAUUCAAUGAGACAAGAAUUGGAAUUUGCAAAAAGGGAUGUAGCCUUUUCGGGUGAAAGUAUUGAUGUCAUAAAUCAUGCUCUGGAUAUUUUGGGGCCUGGUUUAGUAAAGCAACAAAGACAGGAAGUCACUGAAACGGUUAAUCAUCAAAUAAUAAAAUCAGCGUUUAGAACUGCGAUACAGCCAAUUUCAAUUCUUCCAAAUGUAAUCGAGCUCUCAUACUAUGGAAACACAAUGGUUUUGCAUUAUAUUUUAGAAAGUAUUGUUGUGACAGCGUUGUAUGCAGACCUAAAAUCCAAAAUAAAUGAUCCGAGAGCAAUUGCUGAAAAUAAUAUAAUAAUAUUUCAAGACAAUUUGGUGGAGAGAGCACUUGAAGUCUGUGAUAUUCUUAAGUAUGAAUUUAUUUUCUGUAGGCCAUGCCAGGAAUUGGAGCACGUAUUAGUUGACGUGAUUCGUAGUCUAUGUACAUCUGGCAUUAUUUCAUUAAUUGAAGAAUCAUAUUUACAAGAGGAAAUAUGGAGUAGAAGAUAUGCGAAAACAUUUGACGAUAGCUCAGACGAAGAAUACUCUAAUGUUAAUCGCACAAAAAAAAUUCAGUACAAACUUAGUCUAAUUCCGGAGCAUUCAGACCGCAUGGAAUUUCUCCAUAGAAUAUCGAGACCUUUAAUAGACACUUACACGUUUAGUGCAUUUUCAUUAAAAAAAUUGGUGAGCCGCUCUUUGCAAGAGAAAGAGUUCCUUCAAGAAAUUUUAACUGAAAUUAAAACCAAUAUCGAUGGAGGUGCAAUUAGUUAUGGUGAAAGUCUAUCGAUUGAUCCAGUGAAAAAUUCUCUGAAACUCUUUGAAAAAUGGAAUGUCCUUGAAUGUUACGCACAAGAUAAGACAAAAUUAUUUUACUUAAAGGAUGAAUACGAUGACGAUGUUGCCAUAAACAGAAUAUAUGAGAAAAUAGCGGCUUACAAAUGGACGCGUAGCGUUGAUUGAGAUAGUGGAAAAUAAAACUUUUUUUUUU